AUGAUUUAAGAUACCACUGAAUUAGAAUGUAUUUAUAAACACAAAGAUUGUUCUGUUCUUUUAGUGCUUGAUAAUUAAAAAUAAAAGUUAAAAGAGUAAUUGAUAUGCACAGAUUGUUUAGAGGAACAAAAAGGAAGCUAAAAUAUCAAUUUAAAUGAUGACUUAGUAAGAAUAUACCUUAAUCUUUUAGGAAAAACUUAAUAAAUAAAUUAAUACUGUAAGAAAAUAAAACAGUUAUGAAAUUGAUUAAUUUACUAGAUAUCUUUAUAAACUUAAGGAAAAUUUGGUGAAAGUUAUUGACAUAAUUAUUACAAAUUCACAUUAAUAGAAGGUUGAAUUAAAUAAAUAUAAUGAGAAUUUAUUAGAUGAAGAAUAAAUAUAUUUAGAAGUAGAAAGAAUAAAUAAAACAAAUCAGUGUUAUUUAAAUAAAUUAGAAAGUUCUGUGGCUAUCAUAAAAUAAAUAGUAAAUAUUGUAGAGAAAGAAACAGACAAUUUAAAGAAAGUUCUAGGAGAAGGCUAAUAUUAUGAAGAAUUAUAUGUUUAGCCUAUAAAAAAAAUACAAGUAAAUUCUUUGCAAUGUCAAAAUGACUCUUUUAAUGAAUAACAUAUACCUUAGGGAGAAAUAUCUUAUAGGUAAAUUUAGGAAGUACCUUAAGAAAAAUGGUGUUUUGCACUUGCAUUCAAUAAGGAAGGCUCAAUUAUGGCUGGAGCAGCUAAGAAAGAUGUAAAAAUAUGGAAUUUAAAAAAUGGAUAAUUAUAAGAUUCAGGAAUUACUUUGAAAGGACAUCAAUUAGAUGUUACUUGUAUAGUUUUUAGUAAGAAUAUUAAUUGGUUUAUUACUGGAAGUAUAGAUUGCAGAAUUAUUGGAUGGAGAGAAAUCAGUAGUUCUAAGUAAUGGGAAUCUUUAUAACCUUGUGAAGCUCAAUCAAUUGUGUGGUGCUUAUUAUUAAAUUAAAAUGAAGAUAAAAUUCUUUCUGGUCAUUCUAAUGGGUCAAUUAAGUUUUGGAAUUUGAAUACAGAUAAGAAUAAGUUAAUGUUUCAUUAUUAACUUAAUAAACAUAGUAAACAUAUUGGUUAAAUGAGUAUGAAUGAAGAUGAAACUUAAUUAGUUUCAUGUAGUGAUGAUAAAACAAUUAUAGUUUGGGAAAAAAAAGCAAAUGAAAGAAGAUUUAAAUUUAAAUAAGUUUUAGAAAACUUAAAAAAUGAUAAUGGAUUUAGAGUUUGUUUUUUAAAUUAAGAUACUAUUGCUUGGUGUCAAGAAAAUUAGGGAUCUAUUCAUAUUUACAAAUAAUAAACAGAAGGUUUUGUUGAAAAAACAGAUUUGUAAAUAAACUUGAAGUAUUUAAACUAAAAAGAUGGAUAAUCUUUAUUUCCAUCUAUUUACAAUAAAGUUAAAUAAAUCUUUAUUUUAAAACAUAACAAAUAUGUUUAUAUCUUAAGUAAUUAAAAGCAAUCAUUGCAAAUUCAAAGUGAACCUAUAGACUGUAGAUCUUGUAAAAACUAUGGUAAUAUUACUGAGGAUGGAAACUAUUUGAUAAUUUGGAAUGAUGAAACUUUAUCAUUUCAUGUAUAUGAAUUGAAAUAUCAUUGA